AUGCACUGCAUAGAGGAACAACCACGCAUGCACUGCACAGACGGACAACCACCCAUGCACUGCACAGAGGAACAACCACCCAUGCACUGCACAGACGAACAACCACCCAUGCACUGCACAGAGGAACAACCACCCAUGCACUGCACAGACGAACAACCACCCAUGCACUGCACAGAGGAACAACCACCCAUGCACUGCACAGAGGAACAACCACCCAUGCACUGCACAGACGAACCACCACCCAUGCACUGCACAGAGGAACAACCACCCAUGCACUGCACAGAGGAACAACCACGCAUGCGCUGCACAGAGGAACAACCACCCAUGCACAGCACAGAGGAACAACCACCCAUGCACUGA